CAUGUACAUUUUUAAAAGGUCAAUUAUUAGAACAUGUUAAUCGGCUCGUUAAAAUACGUACUUAUACGGUUGCCGGAUAACAACUAGUUUAUUCGACCCUGCAUUAUUAGUUCACUGUUUGCAACAGAGGCAGGAUAAAAAGCAAUUACAGAAAAUGCAUCUCGCCUGAAUGAAAACACAUCGAGAAUCGAGAGAGAUCAGUUGCCUCCCUUAGAAAGAAGCUCGCCAAGGACUCUGAAAUCCACCGUGCUGACAAUGUCCGCAUUAUGCAGGAGAACGUGAGUCUGAUCAAGGAAAUCAAUGACCUCCGCCGCGAACUGAAGAUUGCAAGAACUCAGAUCCAUGACCUUGAGGCGGCCAUUAAGCAGAAUAUGAAGAAAGAAAAGGGCGGAGUGUAUCCGGACAUUUAUGCAGUCAUGCUGAAGGCACCAAACGCGAUGAUCGAGAACGAAAUGGACGAGAAGAACAAGAUCAUUGACAUGCAGAAGCUUGAGAUCAGGAAGUUACGUCAUGAGUUGGAGACUGGUUCCCGACCGUCUUCUUCGUCACGGCUUCCCCCCAUGCAACCCGUUGAAUCAUAUGCUUAGACAAUUUUGUGCUGCAUAAUUUGACUAUCCAUUUGGUAAGAAAAACUUUAAAAGAUGUUAUUUCCGGCAUAAAUGAUUAUGGUUGUGUAAAAUUGUUUUUAAUUAUUAACAAAUGAGAAUUAAAGUCAUCUGUUUAGAACUUGUCGGUCCAAAAUUAUUUGGUUGAUUUUACGUUUGGUUUUCUGCAUAAAUUUAUACAGAUAUAUUCUAAAUCUUCUUUUAUGGAAACAAAAAUAAGAAAAAACUACAUGAUAACGAUUUGUUGUAUUGUUUAUGGUCAGAUUGUGUUGAUUCAUAUAAUUCUAUGUGUACUAUGCCGGCGUUAUUUUUUGUUUCAGUUGAAUUGGUAAAACAAAUAGAUACUUUCUCAUAAUAAAUUUACAUUAAAUUAUGCCAUAACAAAGAUCUAUCAAGAUUUAUUGGUAGUUUGCUGGUUGUAAAAAUAUGCAGACAGUGCUGUGUACUUUCUAACUUAAAAGAACAUACAGUCGACCCAGUUUUCAAUUGAGAUGACCUUUCUUGUGCUGUGACACUUUCCUCUCUGUUUCUUUUAAUAUUGUUAAAAGUAUAUCAGAAAAUAUUGGUGAAGCAAUUGUUGCAUGAUUUAUUUAAUUUACUUUACAAUAUAUUGUUUUUAAUGUUUUGUGUCUGUGAUAAAUACCAUGCCCCUUUUUCGUAU